CCUGGUUGUGUCUGAGGGCUAAGACUGAGGAAUAAAGGUGCAGAGAUUCAGAUUCAGAGUUGUUUAUCCCAGAAAUGAAGCCCAGUAACUUAUGGGUUCCAGAUUGUCCAAGAUGGCUGUUCGCUUCAAUACGUAAAGGAGCAUUGGUUUAUAUUGCUGCAUUGUUUUUGAUAAUCGCCAGUACAACGCAUUUCAAUAUUGGAUUCGGAUCGGCUACAUUAUGGUCGUGGUCAAGUGUGCCCUUCAACCAGCAGCCGGCGGCAGAACUGGGACCCUCUGCUACCGCCGGCACUUUACACGCCGCCGGCAGCUUCUCUCCAGCUGUGGACUCUGAGGAGGAGGCCGUGUUCCGUAAGCUAGACGAGCUGCUCACCGCAGUAGACACAGAGGCGCGUGCCUCGUGUUCGUACCUGUACGGAGCCGGCGGUCGGUGCUUCCACUGUGCACGUUCGCGUCAGAACGCCUCGGAUAGAACGGUUGUGUACGCUCUGGACGGCCGGAAGCCUGUGUGUUUGAACAUACUCCCAGCGGACUGUUCUGUUCUAUCCUUCGGCGUCAAUAAUGAUUUCUCCUUCGAAGAGGCCAUGGAGGACCUGGGCUGCAUGGUCCACGCAUUCGACCCCACCAUGGGAGUGAGCAGCUUCCGCAAGUCGAGAAACAUCCACUUCCACAACCUGGGGAUCGGGUCCAGCGACGCGGAGCUGGGCGGCUUUCCGGUGGCCAGUCUGGGCAGUAUAGUGCGCAGGGCUCGAGUGCGACCGGGUACCAUCCACUACCUGAAGAUGGACGUGGAGACGAGCGAGUGGGAGGCUCUACACCAACAGCUGACCACUGGUGGCGACCUUCUCCGCGUCCAGCAGCUAAACGUCGAGUUCCACCUGCUCCAGUGGUCCCCCACCAUCGCCGAGGGGGAGGGCAUGAAGGUGCCGAAGAGGAACGAGGUCUCACGCGAGAACGCCGUGAGAUUUAUCGCCGUCGUGGAGGCGCUUCAAGCAGCUGGGUUUGGACUGGUGUCAUCGGACCCAAACCUUGUUUGUCAGGACUUUGAAGAUGGAUGUCUUUCUUUUCUAUAUGACACCCAUUGGGUGAACAAGAAAAUCAGCGCUAACCGCUGAUGAGACGCUGCUGUGUAUUAUCUGGAGUGACAUUUUUAAUGAGUCUAUACAAAUUUUGAAUUUGAAA